UUUUUCCUCCUUGAAGCAGAGAAGUCAGUUCCAUUAACCGUGCAGCAGAGGGGGACGUCAGCAUCGCUCGAGCUGGGGGCCAUAAGGGAAAGAAAAGAAAAGGAAAGGAAAAACUACAGAGAAGAAGAGGGGAAAAAGUCGCAUUAAGGAGAAGAAGUUUUGUUCCUUUAAGUUUCUCUUAUGAAAACCGGGAACUUUUCCUCUCGCGCGCGCCGAGGAGAACUUGCGCGAUGUGACCGGAGCUAUGCCGUGUAGGAAUGGACAGACGCUCUCCAGGCGAAAACAUGGCGUCGUCUGUUUGUCCGAGCUCGCGCCGCCGCUGCUGCUCUUCUCCGCGCUGCUGCUCGGGCUGUGCGGGCUCGGGGCGGCGGGAGAAGGCCGCGCGUGCGCCCCGUGUCCCGGGAACUGCUCGUGCGCGGUGCUGGGAGCGCAGUGCGCGGUGAACUGCUCGGGCCGCGGACUGGAGUGGAGCCCCGCGGCCACCGAGCUGCCCAGCGACACCAACAUACUAGAUCUCUCCAGAAACCACCUGUCUUCUGUGGACCCCAGUCUGUUUGAUCACCUAACUGGCAUCACGGAGUUGUAUCUUCAGAAUAACCACAUUACAGAACUUCCUCACAAAGUUUUUGGCUGUGGCUCAUUAGCUGUGCUGGAUGUGAGCAGUAACCCUUUCGUCUGCGCCUGUAAGCUGGUCCAUCUGGUCAGCAGGCUGCAGGCGAAGGGCGUGACCCUGAGGAGAGCCAAUCACAUGCUGUGUGACCGUCCACCCAAACUCAAAGACCAGCCGCUGCUCAACGUCAGCUUGGACGACUGCGAGCUGUAUUACGCAGGCUGCCUGCAGGACAACGCUCACCCCGGCGGCAGCGAGUUGGUGAUCUUCACCUCGUCGGUGACGGGGAAUUUCUCUCGGGAGGAGUGUAACUCCAGAUGUUUCUUUGAUAGACAGCUGUAUGGAGGUCUGGGCUCACGCAGGGAGUGUUUGUGCAGCACCAACUCCGAGCCCAACUACAUCAGCGAGGCCCGGUGCUCUGCGGCGUGCUCCAACUCCACCGUCAUGAGGGACUGCGGCCUGACUGUCGCCCAGGACGUCUUCCAGGUGGACUUCUCUGUGCGUGUGUCCCCCGUGCGCUCCAGCGUACACUCCGUGGCCAUGUUGUCCGUCUCGUCCUCUGUCCUCCCUGUGUCUCUGUGCUGGGACUUUGGCGACGCGUCUCCGCUCCUGAACACCAACGUCACCGCCGCGCAACACAAAUACGGCCUGCCGGGCCGCUACAGGGCCAAGGUGGUCGCCACGGCGACGCAUCGAGAAACGAGCGGCAUGGCGGAGGUGCGUGUGGAACUGCCCCCAAAGCUGGAGCUCCGCUGCCCGUCACUGCUACUGGCCAAUCAGAGCCUGGAGGAGGCGGUGACUCUGGUGAACUGGGGUGGAGUGGGCGUGGCCGUGGACUGGCGAAUCAGGAAGGAGGGUGUGGAAGUGGCACGAGCUGAGCCGGUGUGUGUGUCAGACAGUGUGCACCAUGCGAACUCGUCACGGUGUUUCGAGCUGGUCCCGGGUGAGUUCAGCUGGUCCGAGGCUCGGCGUCAGUGUGUGUCCCGCGGUGGAGAGCUGGCCAUUGCUCGGUGUGAUGCCUUACGCAGCCUCAUCGCCCAGCGCAUCACACAGGAGCGUGGUAUUUGGCUGGGUCUCAGUGAUGUGGACUCUCCCGGGUCUCUGCACUGGGUGGACGGAUCCUCGGCACUGCCAGGAGAGGACGGAGUGAGAGAUCGGGCCACGCUGGUGGACGGAAACGUGUGUGUGUCUCUGGGCAGCGCUGGACAAACCAGCUCACACCCCUGCAGUGCCAAACGUGCUUAUGUCUGCCAAUUCAAACACCAAGUGUGUGUGUCUGAUGCGGGUGUGUACCGGGUGGGUAUGGCUGUCUUCAACACCCAGAAAAAUGUCAUCAAUGCAAAAGUCUCAUCUUCAGCUAGAUCAGAAACACCAGCCAACAACGUCGAGCUGCUUCUGUUCCCAUCUCUGAGCUUCACCCACAGUGGACGUCUCUCCUCUCUGGAGCUGAUCACACACACUCUGAGCUCACACACACACGUCCGCUUCCAGGUGUACCGACCGCACUGCCAGACUGGAUUACACCUGCUGCUGCCAGGCUGCGGUGAUCUCUGUGGUCCCAUUGCUAUGUGCCGGUCCCUGGACGCCUGGCCCAAUGACACCACCUCCACCACUACUUCCUCAUCUCCAUCUCAAGCUUCACCCUGCCCUGUAUGGCAUCAGUGGUGUCCAUUUGUGGGUUCCUGCCUGCCCUUGAGUCGCCCAUGUCAGCCAGACUCAUGCCCAAAUUGCUCUGGGGUGGAACCCCUGCCCCCUGGCACCCUGCGCCCACACUACAGCCUGGUGGGAGAGGUCCUGUUCACCCUGCUACCUGGAGCCUCCACACACACACUGGUCCAGGAGGAAAUUGAAGACCUCUUAGUUGUCCCAGGUGACUUCAUCGCCCUUCAGCAUGAUGCCGGAACCUCUGGCCUACUGGAGUGCUCUCCUGACCCCUCUUCACCAUGGAAGCAGAGCAUUCUGGUCCAAAAUCGGUCUGAUUGGCUUGACUCUAAUGAAACCCUGGAGCUGAUUGGAGAUGGAAAGUGGGUGGAUGAGUUAAUCUGCCCGAUUAGGGUGCUAUAUGUUGGGCAGAAUGAAACCAAAUUGCGAGGUCCCUUUCUCAAAGCUGGCCUACCCCAAAUGGGUGACUACAGCCUGGAAGUGAUAUCAGAUGAUCUUGACUACCCCAUUGCUGCCUCCUGUUCAAUCCAUGUCAUCCCACCUCUGGGCCUCACCUUGGUCUAUCCAACCAACCUUAACGGAACAGUCUACUUCCUUCCUAAUCAAACGCUGGUACUAGUCAAGGUUCAUUCUGAGCACAGUGCUAUGAUUGGGUGGCAAGGCAGCAACAAAACCAUCCCUUUUCAAAGGUUUUGCCCACAAGAACUGGAGUCCAGAGUGGUUGAAUGCAAGACAGACAUGUCAAACAAUGAUACCCUGUUUGCCUGGCUGGACCUUGAACUGGGCUCCACACCAGGGCACACCAAGUUGGUCCUACAUGCCAAAAGUGAGUUAACUGAGGCUGUUCUGGAGAUUCAGGCAAGGGUGGAGGAGCCAUUGCGAGGGCUACAGAUUCAGCCCCAUCCUGCCCACAGGGUCCUGAUGGAAACUGUAGUGAGUUACACAGCAUCUGUGGAAGGAGGAACGGACCCCUCAUUCCGAUGGACAGUGGACGACAAACCGUACUUCACAUAUUACAACACAGUACUCAACAUCAUCUACCAGAACGCCGCUGUCUAUAAACUCACAGUAACGGCUUCCAACCACGUGAGCAACCUAACGGAGGAUUUCAAUGUGACCGUGGAUAAAAUGAACCCCAUGAGCGAGAUCACCGUCCGGGGCGUCCCUGAGAUUGUGACGCAGGGCGAACAGCUGACCCUGUCUGCUUCAGUGGAGGUGGACAUUUCGGUGGACGCCACUUUCCUGUGGUUGUUCGCAGAUGGCGAUAAAAUGGAGAAUCAUUUCAAACCACCUUACGUUGCCCUGUAUCAGAGCCCUGAUCCAUCAAAAAAACAGAUUUUCCUGCAGCAUGAAGUCAAAUACACGUACAAACAACCAGGAGAAUAUAACCUGAGAGUGUCUGUCUUCAACCGCUAUGAGAAUAAAACCCACAAACUCGACGUGUACGUGUUCAGCAUUCUAACUUCGGUGGAGAUCAACACCGAACCAGAGCUCCUGCAAGCUGAAAAGCCUGCUGCAUUCGAGGCUCAUCCUUUACCAUCCCCUUACGGAAUCAUCUACACUUGGGAUUUUGGUGACAACUCCACCUUACAGCAAGGGCGUGAGCGAAGGGUCUAUCAUGCCUAUGCACAAAGUGGCACCUACACGGUCUGCGUGAACGUUAACAACACUGUUAGUAGUAAAGACAGCUGUAAAGUAAUCAUAGUGUAUGAAGACAUUGACGGUUUGGAGGUUAGGACAUCUGCUCCCACUGAGUUCAACACCCCUACAAUCGUUGUGGCUACUCUGGAAGCAGGCAACAAUGUCAGCUGGAGUUUUUCCAUGGGCGAUGGGACUGUUCUCAUGCGUUCAGAACCAUGGGUUGAACACACCUAUGUCAAAGAUGGAAACUACACAGUCAAUGUAACUGCAAGCAACGCCAUCAGCUCAAAAUGGGAAUCCAUACAUGUUCAGGUGUUUGUGCUGCAGGUGUUGUGGUUGGAGCCUUCUGGGUGCGUUCAGGAAAAAAAGGAUAUCAACUUCUAUGCUCUUGUAUCAGGAAAUGCAUCAUCUCAUCAAUAUAUGUGGAGUUUCGGGGAUGGAACUGCCAAUGAAACGCGAUAUGGAACCCCUACUAUAACACACUCUUACCAAGGAAGUGGGAAUUACCAUCUUUCUCUCCUCAUGUCGAGUAAUGUGAACAAAGCGAAUUUCUUUAAUUGGAUCUGUGUCCAACCUGAAGUCUCCAAUGUGACUCUUGAACUCUCCAGCAGAUUUAUCAGACUUGGAGAGGACAGCUGGUUUACCGUCACCGCUUUUCCGGAAUUUGACUACACCUACUUGUGGGAUUUUGGGAUCAGUGACUCAAAAAGUCAGAUUACAGGUGGAGACAGGAUGGUUUUUACUUACAAAAGCCCAGGUCUGUAUAUAAUAACUGUAACUGUCCUUAACAACAUUUCACACAGCAUAAGCAGUGUGCAAGUUGAAGUGCAGCAACCUGUCGGCUAUUUGUUUAUACGGCAUAAUGGAACAAAGGGUAAAAACCUGGCCUUGAGGCAGGACUACACCUUCAUAACAUAUUCUGACUCAGAUACUGUUGCCUACAGUUGGGACUUUGGGGAUGGGACAGUCCUUACAGGGCACAAUGUGACACAUGCCUACAAUUCCUCAGGUAUCUUUGACAUCUGUGUUACAGGUAAGAAUGAUGUGAGCGAAAAUAAAAGCCAAAUUCUUGUUACGGUUUUAGCCCCUAUUCAAGGACUUUCAGUCAAUGCCAGCCUUGUGAAUGUUCCUUUGAAUGCAACAGUACACUUUGAGACCCAUCUUGACCAAGGAGAUCAUGUGCGUUACUCGUGGAUUCUUUGUGACCGUUGUACCUCCAUUCCAGGCACACACCCUAUGUACUACACCUUUCGCUCUGUUGGAAUGUUCAAUGUAAUCGUAACUGCUGAAAAUGACAUCAGCACUGCUCAGGCUAGCAUUUACAUAUUUGUACAACGGGAGCUGGAAGGUUUACAGAUAGUGUCUGAUGAGAUUGGGGACAGCUGCUGUUUUGCCACCAACCGCAUCCUGCACUUGCAGGCUGUGCUAAAAGAUGGCACUAAUAUGUCUUUUAACUGGAACCUUCUGAAAGAAUACGAAAAUACUGUUGCUCUCAAUCUCACAGGCAAGAACAUAGAACUCAAUUAUUCCACACCUGGACCUUGCGAGGUCUUCUUGAAGGCCACCAAUUUGCUCGGCCAACUAAUUGUUAACCGCACUAUUGAAUUUCUUGAUCCUGUUGGACAACUAGUUCUGGAGGCUUUCCCAAACCCCACAGCCAUCAACACCAUCACCAACAUGACUGUGUUUGUGAAUACAGGCAGUGAUCUGCAGUAUAAAUGGUGGAUAGAUGAUGAUCCGUUGCGAUUUAAUGAGCCUUCCAUCUGGCAUGCUUUUGAAAGUCCAGGUCUAAAGACAGUAAAUGUGGAGGUUUCAAACCAGGUUAGCAAGGAGAUGGCUUCAGUACAGCUCAGUGUCCAAGAACCAGUUUUUGGGGUUACCUUCACCACAACCAAUGUCACUGAGCAGAACUUUAUUGCCUCUGGAGUCAAUGUAUCUCUCUCUGGCCAUGUCCAAACUGGAUCGAAUGUGUCCUGGAUGUGGCUCUUGCCAAAUCAUGCAAAAUCAAGUCAGCAGUCCACAUACUACAUAUUUUCAUACCCAGGAACAUUCACAGUCACUUUGAAUGUCUCAAAUGACAUUAGUAGUGAGGUGCUAGCUCGUGACUUCACUGUGCAAGACAGAAUUCAGGGGCUUGAGUUCAGAGCCAGCAAGAAGAAUGUUGCAGUUGGUGAGAAUGUGGAGUUCACCAUCUCUGUCGCAUCAGGCACCUCAGUUAGCUACACCUUGAGCAUUAGCGGCGAUGCAACCGUCUACCCCAACCUUACCUAUGUACACCAGUUCAGCAGAGUAGACAACUACUAUGUCAAUCUGACUGCAUGGAAUCAGAUAAGCUCAGAACGGAGGAACAUGCAUAUAUGUGUCUCGGAACCCAUCACCAAACUUACCAUCUUAGACUGCUGUGAAGACGCUAUACCUGUGGGUGUUCCCAAGACCUUUGAGGCUCACAUACAGUCUGGCAGCCCUGUGACAUACCUAUGGACCUUUGAUCUUCAUCAUGGAGCUAAAACAACCAUGUUGGAUCCAAAAGCCACAUAUGUACCUGAGGAGCCAGGUUUGCUGACCAUCAGUGUGAGUGCCUUUAAUGCACUUAACAUUCAAAAUGAGACCAAGAAUGUGCUUGUCCAGAAUAUCCUUAAGUCCGCCAUCUUAGAGGCUCAACCUCAGGACACCUUUAUUAACAAGACAGUAAUCUUUCAAGCACGAGUUUCCCCACAGUCCAACUCUCUCAGAUACCAGUGGGACUUUGGAGAUGGAAGCCCGGACCUCCUUUCUGAUACUUCUGUUGUCAGUCAUGUAUAUUCUUUACCUGGCCACUACAUAGCUAAAGUCAACAUCAGCAACCUGGUUAGCUGGAUUACUGCUUUCUUUGAGGUGAACAUACGUGUACUAGAGUGCAGCGAACCAGAAGUCCAGGUGGUUCAAGCUCCAAGGAUAGCCAUCUGGCGUUCCAAACCAGCGUUAGUCGAAGCAAAGGUGGAUCUCAAAGGCUGUGUUCGCUAUGGUGCCGAAUAUCUCUGGGAGAUCUUCUCAGCAUCUCACUGCCAGGAAUUUGAAAACCAUUUGACGCCACCAUUUAAAGUCCAUCUUCCCGCAGAAGUCGAUGUCCGGAGGCUGCAAUUGUCCAUACCCAAGAUGACACUUCCUGCCAAAAACUACACCCUGAUCUUUUCCCUGUCUUACAAAGGAAUUCCCUUGAAAAAGGCUGCCUGUCUUCAGCUCUCGGUGAUGUCCGCCAAGUUGGUACCUAUCAUUGAGGGUGGAACCUAUCGUGUGUGGUCCAAAACUCAGGACCUACAACUGAAUGCAAACCAAUCCUAUGAUCCCAACCUGGACCUGGACAGUCAGACCCUGAUCAAUUACAACUGGGAAUGUGUCAACACUUCUAAGGGAGCCUCUCACUGUUCGACUCUGAACUUCAGACUGGGUCCAAAGGAUCUGGUCAUCUCCGGAUCAGAGCUGGAGGUGGACGUGGACUACACCUUCCGUCUGACCGUCAGCAAAGACGGCAUGUCUCCGGAAUCCACCACCCAGAAGGUGUUGGUGAAGAGUGGCCGCAUCCCCAUCGUCUCUCUGGAGUGUGUGUCGUGUAAAGCUCAGUCUCGUUAUGAGAUCAGCCAGAACUCCUACGUCUACCUGGCCGGGACCUGCAGCAACUGUCAGGGUUCCUACAGAGGGCGCUGGACGGCAGUAAACCAUCGCAGUGAGCCACUGGUUCUGGACCUGAACACCACCACAACAGGCCAGGACAGCAUGAAUCUGGUGCUGAGGAAGGGGUCACUGCGAGACGGGGACUCAUACGUGUUCAGUUUGCAUGUCACCGAUGACAGCAUGGAGGAGGAGGGCGUGGCCAACAUUGAGCUCCACCCUAACCUGCCACCUGGCGGGGGGUCGUGUUCACUGUGGGCCGACGGCAAGGGGCCAGAGGUGCGGACGCUGCUGGAGAGAGUACACUUCAAUUGUACAGGCUACACUGAUUCAGACGAGACAGAGUCUCCGCUGGUCUACAGCCUACUGGUGUUGCGUUGCUUUAAAUUCUACUGUGAAGAUUUUUGCGUGUAUAAAGGAACCAGUCCGGUACAUUCCACCUUCCUUCCACCUGGAUUACGCUCCGCCCAGUACAGGGUCUCAGUGUCCAUCACAGUGGAGGACCACCAGGGGGCAUCCAUCACCGCCCUCAACCAGACCAUGACGGUGAUGUUGCCACAGAUUCCGGCUGGAUUCAGCAGUCUGGCUCACUGGUUGAGCGUGAUGACGGACAACACUCUGAACGAGCUGCUGAAACAGGGUGACUCCCAGCGUGUCCGCGAGCUCUCACUCGCCUUCAUCACCGUGCUCAAUGGGUAUGAGCAGGGUGUGCAGUAUGGAAGCAGUGUGUCGAAGCAGGAAAGGCAGUACAGAGUGAGUGUGAGAGGAAACAUCACCCGAGCUCUGACAUCACUGGACCUCAACACCGUCAGUGACAUCCAACAGACCUCAGCUGCUCUCGCCCAGUGCACGGCUGUGAGUCGGGAGUUUGUGUGUGAGGAGUGUCAGAACAGCACGUUGAAUAAGCUGGAGUCCAUGCUGGAGAUCCUCCAGACGGACACCAAGCAGGGCACCGUGACUCCCACAGAGAUCGCAGACAACAUCCUCAACAUCAUGGGGGAUCUGAUCCAGCAGGUGAGUGAGGCAGCGUCGGUGUCGCUGGAGGAGUCGGAGGAUCGCGGUACACCGCAUCUACCGGAUCAGCCGCACCCACUGCGCGUGGCCGCCAAAGCCUACACGCUGUCCUCGGAGCUCAUGCGCAUCCUGAUGCUGUCUCGUGUGCUGAACGAGGAGCCGCUGAUCCUGCGCGGAGCCGAGAUAGCGGCCGCAGGGAAACGUGCUGACCCGCUCAGCUUGCUGUGCUACGGCUCGAGCGACGCCCCCGAGUGCCGCCGCUUCUCCAUCCCCAGGGCCUUCAACUCCAGCCUGGGGACCAGCCUGAGCACCAGCGGGGCCGCCAGUGAGGGCAUCGUGCAGCUGCUCUUCCAGGUGGAGCCCAACCCCUUCCCUUUCAACUACGUCCCUAACUACACUGUGUCCACCGAGGUGGCAUCCAUGGAGUUCCGCACCGUCAACGGCUCCCAGAUCCCCAUCGCCGACUUAGACGAGAGCCAGGCCAUCAGAGUCGCGCUGAACAACGGCACCGCGGCAGGACUGGACGGAAACAGCACAGGGGUCAAGCUGGUUCCGGCCGGGGCGGUGAACGUGAGCAGGUGUGGCUCUGUGAUCGUUAAAGUGAGCACAGGGAACAACAACCGGAGAGCCGGAGUCUAUGUCCAGCUCAACUUUACCAUACUGGAAGGUUCUCCAGAUGCACAAGAGUCAGACCUGUCCAUCAUGGCUUACCUGCACACCUCUGAUAAGCCUAAUGAGUUCAGCAGCACAGACAGGAAGCGCAUCACCCUCAGCAUGCUGCAGGGGCAGAGCCUCGACCAUCAGCUCUAUACCUUCUUCCUGUCUCCCAUCCUGUACGACACCACGCAGGAUCACUUCAUCAACGUGUCGGCCGGCUGCACUCCUGAUUGGCCGGUUCGGAUCCGUGUGGAGGUGGGCGUGUUCAUGGUGCUCUGUCAGUACUUCAGUGAGCUCGGGCACAUGUGGCGUACAGAUGGGAUGAUGCCCCUGCCGGAGACCAGCGCGGGGCAGGCGGUGUGCAGCACACGCCAUCUCACCGUCUUCGGCGCCAGUCUGUUAGUCCCGCAGCAUGCCAUCAGCUUCACCGUGCACGAUCCUCCGGUCAGCCGCAGUCUGGUGGUGCUGCUGGUGUGUAUGGUGUGUUUGCUGAGCUACACUGUAGCCGCUGCCGUGCUCAGGAAACUGGACCAGCUGGACCUGAGACGAGCCUCGGUGGUGCCGCUGUGUGGGAAAGACGGACUCUACAAGUACGAGAUCCAGGUCAAGACCGGCUGGAAACGAGGGGCAGGCACCACGGCCCACGUGGGUAUCAGUCUCCAUGGCAGCGAGAGCCGCAGCGGACACCGUCACCUGGACCGAGUCGGAGCUUUUACACGCAACAACCUGGACAUUUUCCACAUUGCCACUGACUCCAGCCUCGGAAACCUCCUCAAAAUCCGAGUGUGGCAUGACAACAAAGGUCUCUCUCCAGCCUGGUUGCUGCAGUAUGUGCUGGUGAAGGAUUUGCAGACAGGAAGCUCAUAUUUCUUCCUGGUGGAGGAGUGGCUCUCUGUGGACAAUGAAAAGACAGACGGCAGGGUGGAGAUAGAGGCGGAGCCUUCAGAGGAGGUGGAGCUUCACUACUGGCCCCGCCUCCUCACCUGGGAGCUCCAGAGAGCGGUGAGUGAUAGUCACCUGUGGCUAUCCCUGUGGGAUCGACCCCCGCGCAGUCCCUUCACCCGCCUGCAGAGGGCCACAUGCUGCUCUGUGUUACUCCACCUCUUCAUUCUCGUCAACACCGUCUGGUAUGCCACAGUCACCUACGUCAAGAGCUUUGUCCCCAUAUCAGAGCAGGUGUCUCUGAAUGCAGAGGUUGUGGGAGUGGGCGUGGUCAGCUGUCUGGUGGUGUAUCCAAUUUACCUGCUCAUUUUCUGUCUCUUCAGACUCAGCCGGAGCAAGGUCUUAGUGGAGCAGAUCCCUCCUCAGGUAGACCAGGAGUCUCUGGAAAUCGAUGACUUCUUAGAUAACUCUCUCACCGGAAGCUCCUUCCUCAUUUUCAACGGAAUCACAGAGACGUACUCAGAGGAGACCAACAUCGACCUCCCGACGCCUUCCUCCAAAAGGUGGAGCGUCCCAGAUGCCGACUGGCCGGACGUGGCGAGCGAGCCGUCCAUCGAGAUGGGGGCGGGACUUCCUCCUCGUCUGAAGCGAGGUCAGGGUAGCAGGCACCUCGGCGUGGACAUGACCUUUAACCCAGAGGAUGACGAGACGGUGGUGGGACAUGACUACAGGAACAAAUACUUCACGUCUUCAGAUGAGGAUCUCCUGAAGCGGAUCCUGGCUGAUGGACAGCUGCUCUCUCAGACCGACAGCGACAUGGGUGACCUCUCCAGUAUAUUUGGGGAUAAGACCGAGGUGAUUCUGCUACAGAAGAUGAGUGAACCUGCUCCUGCAGCCAUGCGCCGAGAUCCACCUAAAACUGCAUUCACCUCACGUACAGUGGCGGACGUGUGUAAGCCGAGGCCGUUUCCUCCUCUCUGCGGAUUGGUUGCUCUCUGGGGGAGUUGGGCGGGGCUAAUCCUGUCCAGUAGCGUGUCAAUAUGGUUGGGGCGGAGCCUUAACGAAAACAUGGCUCUGAUGUGGCUCAUUUCGUGUAUCGUCAGUUUUCUGAUGUCGUUCUUCAUCCUGGAGCCUCUAAAGGUGCUGGUAGAAGGUGUGUAUUUCGGGCUGCUGGUGGCCCGUCUCAGGCCGGAGGAGGGUGAUGUGUUGGUGGACUGUCCCCGGAUGGAGCGAGUGAUCCAGCGUGUGCCCAGAGUCCGACCUCCUCAAGGCUUUGCCCUGUCACAGGCCCGAGAGGAGGCACGCAAAGUUCACCUGCUACACCGCAUGCUCAAGAGUUUCCUCCUCUACAUGCUCUUCCUGCUAGUGGUCCUGUUGCUGAACUACGCCGACUCGUCCAAAGACGCCCACCAACUGAGACUGCACACUCAGCUAAAGAACCACCUACACACACAACGCUUCAGCAACAUCAGCAGACGAGAGGACGUUUGGCCGUGGCUGGCGGACUUCCUGUUGCCACGGUUGCUAGAUGGCUCCGCCCUUAUGGAGGGGACGGGUAGCCUGCUGCUGGGGAAGCCCCGCCUCCGACAGCAGAGAUCCCAACCAGCCUGCCCUCCAAGUGGCUAUUUUCCAGCUGCUUCCUGGUUUGGGUGUGGCCCAGCAGGAUGGGCGGAGUCAGAUUCAGGACUGGCGCUGAACUGGAGCCACAGUGUGUCUCAGAGCAGCGGAGCGUGGCACUGGGGUCAGGUGUCUGUCUACAGCAGCGCUGGGUUUGUACAGGAGCUCAGCAGGAAGAUGGACGAAUCCAGAGCUCUCAUAGAACAACUCCAUAAACACCAGUGGCUGGAUCCACUGACGAGGGCUCUUUUCGUGGAGUUCUCCCUCUAUAACACAAACACAGACCUGCUGGCCGUCUUCUCCUUCCUGUUGGAGUUCCCCGUCUCUGAGCGCACUCAUUCUAGCGUUAACCUGAAGACCUGCAGCCUGCAGACCCUCCAACGUGGCAUAGACCUCCCCUUGUUCCUCACGCUCAUCCUGAUGAUCUUGAUAAUUUACUUCUCUGUGCGAGAGGGCAUGUCCACCCUCAGGCAGGGGUGGGGCUACAUCCUGCAAGUGUGGAAUCUGGUAGGUGUAGGCACUCUUCUGCUGGCGGCCUGUGUCUCCGCCCUCCACCUCAGUCGCUCUGCUCUUGCCUCUCGCCUCUGGGCGUCGCUACUUCGCCAGCGGGAAUCGUUUAUUAACUUCUUUCCCCUGGGGCAACAAAGCCAGGUUCUGAUUCAGAUCAAUGCCUUGUUGCUCUUCCUGCUAGUACUGAAGGCGGCUCAUCAGCUACGGUUUCUGAGGGAGUGGGCCGUGUUCGGCAGGACUCUGAGGAGAUCGGUGUGGGAGAUUGUUAGCGUUGCACUCGCUUUGCUCUUGCUGCUGAUGGCUUACUCACACACCGGAUAUCUUCUUUUUCACUCCAUUAUACAGGGAUAUGGGACAGUUGGGUCUGCUUGCCUGUCGUUGCUAGGCUCGGGGGGGCGUGGUCUGUGGUCAUGGCGAGCAGAUCAAGGCCCUUAUCCCAGCUCCACUUCCUGCUACGUGUUUCAUGUCAGCUUUGCGGCACUGCGUCUUGUCCUGCUGUGGCUGGUGACCUCUGUGCUACUAAGAAACUAUCGCAGGGUCCGGGCAGAGCUCUACCGGCCGGCAGUAGACCUCCAGGACUAUGAGAUGGUGGAACUUUUCCUACGACGCCUCAAGAUGUGGAUGGGCCUGAGUCGUACUAAAGAGUUCCGUCACAAGGUGCGUUUCGAAGGUAUGGAACUCCCACCAUCCCGAUCUUCAUCCACCAGUGACUGCAAAUCCCUUUGUCUUCCUCCUCUUGAUGCCCCUGAAGCCCCCCCGACUCCUGACAGUGUCGACUGUGGUUCGGAGGCUUCGUGGCAUCCUAUGUCCAGCAGCCCUUGCAGUUUAGCUGAGACUCCAGGUCUUAGUUUAGGCCUGACCUUAAGCUUAGGGGUGGUAUCAGGAGGUCAUGCCUGGAGAGAACGAGCAGAAACUGAGGCCACACUUCGAAGGGUCUUGCCGGCCUUUGAUGCGUUGCUGCUGCAGCUGGACAGGGUCAACCAGGCCACAGAGGAAUUGUAUCACACUGAGUGCCGGCUGGAGAAAGUCCAGAGGAGGAGUAGGAGAAGGAGCCGUGGAGUACACCGCAGUGGUGGUCAGGACUCUCCAGGACAGAGGAGAUAUCAUGGGUCACAUAGACGGGCCCACUCGGUAGAGAAAUGUCCCCUCAAGGUUGAGAAGGAUGGAAACUUGGACAAGGCUCGCCUUAAUAGUGAGAAAAGUUCUCACAAAACUGACAGAGGAUCCCGCAAGAAAGCUACUGGUGCACACCAGAAAAGUCCUCAAGAAGACUUGUUACCAAAGGAUUCAAGUCUUCAAAAGACAGAUAUGGGUCAACUAGAACCUUCUAGAAAGGUGGAGGCACAAGUCAGUAAGACUGAAAUGAAUCCUCCCAAGGUGGAUUCAAGUCCCAUCAAGGUAGAGGAAAGUGUCGUUAAGAUAGAAGCAAGUGCCAGUGUGCUCGAAGCAAGUGCAGGUUUGGUGGAAGCAAAGUCCCACAAGACUGCCAAAAGUUCUCAUAAGGCUGCCUCAAGCCGGAAGAAGGUUAAUCCAAUCAUUUCAAGAGAUGCUGAGACUGUUGGCUGUGCCAGCAAACCAGUUCUUUCUCAGACACAGACCCCCACUACUAUCAUUGCCCCAUCCACUGCCCCCUCUACUGCCCCAAGUUCUGCUAUAACAACCCCAGUCCCAAUCCCCAGAGCCCUUGAAUGGAACCCACCCAGUUAUACUGAGGACCUCCCAUCCAGCCUUUUCCAACAUCCAGCGCACACCUCCACUAUGCCCACACGCAAACGGAAGCACAAACCCCCACCUCUGAAAAACAAAAUCCAUCCCAACACAGACAGGCCUAUCUCAGGACACACCAAGCCUUAAGGACUAGAGGGUUUCACUUGCUGGUCUUUUGAAAGGAAGACUGUUAGAUUGAAGUCAGGUAAAGAGACAAUAAACGGUGGCUAUUCUAUAAAUUGGGGGUUGAUGGUUAUCCGUUAUGGUAAGAGAGGGCCUCGGUGACAGCAGGUUUUGUUGCCAGUCCCUCAAGAAAAGUAGAAAAAAACAGAGCAGCUUAAAUGAGAGAGAAGAGAAUUAGAAAUGUGUCGCAACUUUCAAUUUUUGUUCCCCCAGGGCAAUGCAGUUUGGCAAAGUCAAAAUGGUACACGUUUAGCAUGCAUUAGCAUUAGCAAUAAGGUGCUGGUCACCCUUUAGAUUUUGCCUCACAAGUCCCCACCCUUCCUUCACCUUGAAUGACCUCAACCAGCCCAUGGCCCCGGUGGUCAGGAAGGGCUGACUUGACAAGAGCACACCUCGUGCUGUCUUAGCAACAAACUCGCAGGAAGUGAUAUAGUGUAAGUCUGUCGCAAAAUGGCGGACAUGUAGUGAGUUUUUGAGUUAUGUUCGGUGCCAUGUAUUAUAUUAAGUAAUGUUUUGUAUAAGUAAUGUUUGAGUAAUAAUUUUUUGAUGUAUCAAAGAAGGAAGCUACACACACACACACACACUUGCACGCACACUAACAUAUCAGCGUUAAGCACAUAGAGCUAUGCUUGCAGGUACUUAAUGCACGCAUAAUGCACGUCUUUUACGCUACACAAUGCAAGUCAGACACAAACGGUAUUCAAUCAAAUUCUCAUUUCUUGAACUCACAAGUGCACGUCUGUAACAGGUUGUGAGGCUGCUAGCAUGCUAGUAUACUAGCAAACCUCGUUAUUAAAAACAAACAAAAAAGUUGAAAUAGAACAAGCACCUGGAAGGAACUCUUAAGGAACAAGGAAAUGUUGAGCGUAAGAAAGAAUACAAAGGAUGAUGAAAAUGAAUUAUUUUUAUUUUUUUAGAAGUGCAAAAUCAAGAAAAAGAGAAAGAAGGGAUGAAAAGAGGGAAACAGGUCUGAGCAUUCUUUACAGUGUAAAUAGCGAGAACACACACACACACACACACGACACACUAAUGUGUUAUUAAUCAUAAUGUUUGUUACUGUUGUGCUUUUUCAUUGUUGUCGCCAUUUUAUUGAUGCUUUGGAACGAUGUUAUUAAUUUUAUUUAAAAAGCACUUUGUAUUGAUGUAUGUACGAGAUUGCUUCGUGAAUGUGAGCGGAUUUUUUUGUUGUUGUUUUUGAUUUGUUUUGAAGUAAAUAAGCUUGGUAUGAAAUCGAAUAAGGUCGCUUCGAGAACAUUACUCCGCAUACUGAUUUGCUUUGCUACUCAUUUAAGCCUCGAGAAAUUUAUUUUGAUUAAAAAGGAAAAACGUAGCCAAAAACCCCAAAGUACUUUUAUACAUCGCACUUUAUUUCAAAUCGAAGGUCUUUGAUGCCCCCCCCCCAUCCUCGAGUUAUUUUACAUCAGGAAGCAGAUUUGCUCAGUGUUCUUGCUGCGUUUUUCUUGAACUUUCCCAGAAACGUGUUGUUUACCAUGGUGAUGCUCAGGGACCCUUUAAACAACCCAAACCAGUAUAAUGCUCCAUUUAUUUUUUGUUUCCUCUCGAUUUUUAUUUCUGUGUCAUGUUCUUGUUUGUCUUCUGUUGGACAUGUGAAGUUUUAUUAGAAAAGUUUUUAGCCUGAAAGCCAUAACCGUUUUAUUUUUAGUUUCGACUUUUUAGAUGCAGCUCAUUUCCUGCCUUUUUUUUUUCUUUCUUCCUCCUGGCGUGUGUUUGUACAUAAUGUCGUGCCCUUAUGUAAAUAUUGAUUAAAAGAAACCUCCAUUCCCAUUUUUCUUUCUUUAUUCAAGAUAACCUGCACUGAUGUUUUAUUUUCACCUGAUGGAUUACAGUGUUUUUAUUGUUUUUUUUCCCUCCACUUAGCUCUCAUGGUUCGAGUCACUCUGAUGAAAUAUACUGUAUAUAUAAAUUUUUUUUAAUUACACUAAUGAAGAUGAACAGCUUGGGCUUCUUGAUCAAUUUAUCCGGUACUUUAUAGUUUGGUAAAUAUUUAAGAUGAAAAUCAUUUCCAUUUACAUGUUUGAAGUGCCAAAGUUUUGUUUUUUUUGCGUGUGUUCAUGUUAAAUGAAUUUGGCUCGUGGCAACACUUGUGGCUGUUUUUUUUUUUUUUGUUUGUUUGUAUUGUAUCAUGCAGUUGUAUUCUGUCUGUAGCACUUCGGCUAAAAUGCUUUUGCACUUGACAAAGUCAAAUAAAGGGAUUGACAGCUCAACUCCA